CCAUGCCAGCUUGCUUGUCAGCCACUUUGACCCCAUUCACCGAAUUUUUAAUUCUCUGUUCCAAUUUCUGACUGUGCCUUUCAUCUUCUGGGAUCGGAGUUCGGAACCCCCGCACGGAACCCCCGCAAUCUUGUGUUACUCCCGAAUUCUUUUGAAUAAUUCGAGGCAUCGGAACGCAGAUUUUACUGUGUAAGGAGGAGCAGGGGAAGGGUGGAGAUCUUGUGUCUGUCGACUUCCAAGUCCUUAAUUCCCAAAGUCCAAAAGGUCUCCACCUUUGUGGGCUGAUAGUCUAUCGCAGGGAGCCUCACUUUGCCUUUCAAAGGUUUGCUUCAAAGUUGGAACUCUCUCGCUAACGCAUUUUGGUUGAAAAGUUGAGCGUAAGUCCGAGUUGUUGUGUCGUCGCGUAAUGGCGGCACCUCUCUUGGAACGACUAUCUGACGCUGCUCUUCGCUGCUGCCAGGAUGAGCAAAUUGAGGACUCAGAGCGUUCGGCUCGGGAGUUUUUGGAUCUGCUAGAGAGCCCACUCCAUGAUCUGGAGCUCCGCAAAUCAUCACCUGCGAAUUGGCUUGCUCAGUGCGACCAAGUGCUGCAGCAAGCUGUGAAGUUAUUGGAUCCAUCUUCACUUUCUGGCUUGCCGCCUGCUUUUCUCGCCUCUGGAUCGACCGUCCAAACGAUUUCUGAAGAAAAACGAGUCUUGUGUGAGAGAGUAGGAUUGGAUCUUCCAAAGGUGGUUGUGAAGUUCGUCAGCCUGUCUCAGGCUUGCCAGGAUCACAGUCUUAGCAUCAUCGAGAUUUUGGCUGAAAAUUGCAGCCCACGUGAAAUGUUCGCAGCUUUCAUGGAGGCCUUGAACAUGUACACAACGCCUCUGACUUUGAUCUACUGUAUUCCUCUCAUACAGGGACUCUCUUUGGUGUUCUCACGCCUUCAGAGGCGACAGGCUCAAUUUUUCCAGGAGGCGAGUGAAGGGCUUCUUACACUUUUGCGCUCAGCUGCGCACGUUGAUGAUGAUGACGAAGAAGAAGAAGACGAAGAGUUCGUUCCGGGUAUGGAAAUACCCCUGAAGCAAGUUCAUGCAGCAAUUUUGGACGAUAUUGUGGAAGUUGCCCAAGUUGUGAGAGAAACUUGCGACGCUGUACAUUUUGACGAACAUAGAGAGGCGUUUCAACAGCAACUUGGAAUGUUUGUACUUCAGAUACUGGGUAUCGUAGGGGAAAAGAUUGCACACUCAGGAAAGGAAGUUCCACCUGUGGUGAUACAGCUUGUUGAGCUUCUGCCCUUUUGUGGUCUUUCUGUGCUUCUACUGCUCACAGGGGACCAGAUCAAAGCUGUUAUUGAGAUAACAACCAAUGAUGUGACAGGGUGUGGUGACGAGUUGGCUCAGGUGGAUCAGAAGAAAUUAGAAGCCACAAAAGGAUCCGCGCUUGCAGCCUACUGGGCUCUAUCCACUUCCCAGGUAGCAGCAGCUGCUGAAAUAACCCUGGAUUCUUUGAAAGAAGGCCUGCAGUUCACUGGGAGGAAAGGGAUAGUAGCUGCUCUAUCCGUUGCAACGUCACUUUUAGGAAGUAGUUCACACAGACCCUUGUCAUUAAUGCCUGCAACUGGAUUGGCCCUUGUUGAUAAAGUCCUUGAGUUGGCGGCCUCUUUGGAGUUUUGUACCUUUGAUGAAGAGGAGGAUGACGAUCUAGAUUUGACCUUGCGAAUUUUGCCUGCACUUCAGAGUCUUCAAAACGUGGUUGUUUAUGCACCCAGUAUAGAGAUGAGGCGCCAGGGUUAUGCUCUUUUCAAAAAAGUUAUUGAAGAUGUACUUCCAGAGACCUCCAGAUUCAAAUGUUUGCAAAAGCUUAUCAAUGAUUGCAUCUAUCCAUCUUUGGUUUCACUUCAUUUGAUCUGUAUGAAAGACGAGGUUGUCAAAGCGUGGCCUCGUAAUCCCCAGCAGCAAGGUGAACCGAACAGUGCUAUACAUCUUGCAGGGGGAAAGCAACAAGAUAGAGAUACUGCAUCUCAUUUUCUCAAAGAAGAGAUACUUGAAGUAAUUGGAAGUGUGUUGAGGCCGAAGAAUGGGGCCCCUCCUGAUUUACCAGCCCAAAUUGAUCCUGUGCAAAGUGCUGUCAACCUGUACCGGUUCAUCCUCAUUCGAGAAUCCUCAGGAAAGACAAACUACACAGGGGUCUUAUCAAAGGAGAACUUGGCAAAAGCCCGCUCCCAGUGGUUGCUGCCUCUGCGUGAGGUUAUGGAAGGGUUAAGCCAGCAACUGAGAGAGGAAGAUGGUGAUAUGUCUGCCGACAUGGGUCUCGCCAUAGACAGCCUGCAGAGUGUAGUGUAUCGUUGCCUUGAACUGAAUGAAGAAGCACUGGCGUACUUAUAACACACCCUGCUCAUGUCAUCGACAUCCCUCAAUUUACUGUGUUUACAAGCAGAAUUACUAUCAAUGAGUCUCUGUUUGGAUUAUUGGUUCCAGUGUGCUGAAAAAGGUAUGACUCUGUGUUCAUUAGUUUCCAGAUUCUGCUCUUCACAGUUCUCUUUUCAGUGGUCGGGAGCCCUUAUGAAGUGUAUCAUGUACUUAAGUUAGAGUAACUUGAUCAUUUAUAGGUGAGACUGAUAAGUGGGUGGAAGCAAUCUGGGCUUACAUACAUGUACAUAAACAUAAUUUAUUUUAUUUCUUUUGCAUGUACAUACAAGCCAUUUACCUAUGUUAUGGAAGAUAUAUGAAA